AUGGUGACGGGCUCGGCGCGGGGCUCCCGCAGCCGGGACCGAGCCGCGCCGGCCCCGUGCCCGUCGGCGGGCGGGCGGCGCGGCGGGGCGGCGGCGGCGGCGGUGCUGGCGGGGCUGUGCGCCCUGUGCUACGGCAACUCCCUGCGCGGCGAGUUCGUGCACGACGACGUCUGGGCCAUCGUGAACAACCCCGACGUGCGGGCGGCCGCCCCCGUGUCCGCCGCCUUCGCCAACGACUUCUGGGGCAAGCGCAUGGCGGAGAACACCAGCCACAAGUCCUACCGGCCCCUCUGCGUCCUCACCUUCAAGUUAAACAUAUUGCUGGCUGGCAUGAACCCCUUGUAUUUCCACGCAGUGAAUGUCAUUUUACACUGUCUGGUGACUCUUGUGCUGAUGUACACUUGCGACAAAGCUGUGUUCAAGGACUGUCGGCUUGCUUUUGUCACGGCGCUCUUCUUCGCUGUGCACCCCAUUCACACCGAGGCUGUAACAGGUAUAGUAGGCAGAGCAGAUGUCCUUGCCUGUCUACUCUUUCUGUUGGCUUUUCUCUCCUAUAAUAGGAGUGUGGAUCAGCUUUAUGUCGGGGAACAUUUCCCUCCCACUGCCUCCCCAUUCUUUUUGCUGCUUAGUUUAUUCCUUGGGACGUGUGCAAUGCUGGUGAAAGAAACUGGAGUCACUGUGUUUGGUGUGUGCUUGGUUUAUGACUUCUUUUCCCUCUCCUGCAGUGGACUCAAAUUGAGGAACGGGGGCAUUCCCCAGAGGCCCUCCCGGCCGCCCGUGCCCGCUCCGUGGGGCUCACCGCUGUCCGGCCGGGAGAACGGGAAGCAGCAGCAGCAGCAGCAGCAGCAGCAGCGCUGUGCCCAGCGCGGCGCCUGGAGCUCCUGCAACCCACCCGUGCCCCGGGAGCAGCCCAGCCUGCCCGUGCCCAGCAGGGCCAUCUGGGCCAUCCGCAGCUACCUGGCUGCAAAUAACAACCAGAAUUUCUUAAUUACUGCAAGGCCUUUUUUGAAGAGAGCUGCUUUGGUGAUAAGCUACGUGAUCCUCGUGCUGUAUUUCCGCCUCUGGAUAAUGGGAGGUUCCAUGCCAAUGUUUUCAGAGCAGGACAAUCCAGCCUCAUUCUCACCAUAUUUACUGACAAGGUUUUUAACUUAUUCCUACCUUCUGGCCUUCAACGCGUGGCUGCUGCUGGCACCGAUCACCCUGUGCUACGACUGGCAGGUCGGCAGCAUCCCUUUGGUGGAGUCCCUCUGGGAUGUCAGGAACUUGGCCACGGUGUUCCUGCUGCUGGUGAUGACAUUGCUCAGCCUACACUGCAUUGCUGCAUUCAAGAAACUGGAACACAAAGAAGUUUUGGUUGGCUUGUUGUUCCUGGUUUUCCCAUUCAUCCCAGCCAGCAACCUCUUCUUCAGGGUGGGAUUUGUGGUGGCAGAGCGAGUCCUUUACAUGCCGAGUAUGGGGUACUGCAUCCUUUUUGUCCACGGCCUAAAAAAGCUGUCUACGUGGCUAAAUAAAUGGAGAAUUACUGUUCCAACCCUCUUUGCUUUGCUGCUGCUGCUCUUCUCUUGGAAGACCGUGAAACAGAAUGAAAUCUGGCUGUCACGAGAAUCCCUUUUCAGCUCAGGAGUGAAGACCCUGCCCCACAACGCCAAGGUGCACUACAACUAUGCCAAUUUUCUGAAAGACCAGGGCCGAAACGUUGAAGCAAUCUACCACUACAAAACUGCUCUCAAGCUGUACCCUCGUCACGCAAGUGCUCUCAACAACCUGGGGACGUUGACCAAAGACGUGGUGGAGGCCAAGGACUACUACAGACGGGCCCUUCAGCUCAACCCGCAGCACAACCGAGCUCUCUUCAACCUUGGCAACCUGCUCAAGUCCCAAGGGAAGAAGGAGGAAGCUGUAAUCUUGCUGCGGGACUCCAUUAAGUACGGCCCAGAGUUUGCAGAUGCUUACUCAAGCCUGGCCUCGCUGUUGGCUGAGCAGGAACGGCUCAAGGAGGCUGAGGAGGUCUAUAAGGCUGGCAUAGAGAAUUGUCCAGAGAGCUCUGAUCUGCACAACAACUACGGUGUGUUCCUGGUUGAUACCGGGUCUCCCGAGAGAGCCAUGUCCCACUACAGGCAGGCCAUCCUCCUGAGCCCUGCUCACCAUGUGGCCAUGGUGAACCUGGGCAGGCUGCACCGCUCCCUGGGGCAGAACAAAGAGGCUGAAGUGUGGUACAAGAGGGCGCUGAAGGUAUCCAGGAAGGCGGAGAUCCUGUCCCCGCUGGGGGCUCUGUAUUACAACACGGGGCGCUAUGAGGAGGCGCUGCAGGUGUACCGGGAGGCGGCGGCGCUGCAGCCUUCCAGCAAGGACACCCGACUGGCGCUGGCUCAGGUUCUGGCCAUGAUGGGGCGGACGAAGGAAGCGGAGAAGAUGACGAACCACAUCCUUCAUGAGGAUGCAGAGUGCCUGGAGUGCUACCGCCUCCUGUCAGCCAUCUACAGCAAGCAGGAGCUCUAUGCCAAGGCACUUGAAGCUAUAGAAAAAGCACUUCAGCUAAAACCAAAGGAUCCAAAAGUCAUAUCAGAGCUCUUUUUCACUAAAGGAAACCAGCUAAGAGAACAGAAUCUCCUUGACAAGGCUUUUGAGAGCUAUAAACGGGCUGUGGAGCUCAACCCAGACCAGGCACAGGCCUGGAUGAAUAUGGGAGGCAUCGAGCAUAUCAAGGGGAGCUACAUCACUGCCCGUGACUACUACGAGAAAGCCUUACAGCUGGUUCCAAACAGCAAGCUGCUGAAGGAGAAUCUGGCCAAACUGGAUCGCUUGGAGAAACGGUUUCAAGAAGUCCAGGAGAAAGAUCAAACAUAGCAAUCAGUCACCAGCAGGAGGACACUCGUGCCCCUUGGAGAAGAGUGUGGUGGAAGCCUGUUGCUCAAAGUGAUGCUGAAAGAGCUUUGAUAGGACUCAGAAUUAUGGAAGGCAAACUUGGAACACAUGCUUAGGUUCAGUCAAAGUUACAGGAUCCUAUGGGAUCCUUGGGUCCUGUGGGAUGUGCUGGAGCAUGAAUGAAAACCUUCCUUUAAUCAAGAUUUACAUCUAGGCUGAACCCGUUCUAGUCACACCAGGAGUGUGGGUGGGACAUGUACCUUCAGUAUCUUGGUUGUCCCCAGGGAAACCAUGGAGACAAAGCACUCAUCCAUUGCAGCAGGGGUGAAGGAGCACCUCCUAUUCCCCCACACACAGGCACACCUCAUCCAUGUAGAGCCCCACUGAUGGGCUUCAUUGCAAGUGCUGCAGACAGGAAAGAUGGUCAUAAUGGUCACAUAAAAAAGGUUCCAAGGGGUUAAUGCUGAGGAAAUGGUGGUCGCUUUUAUAGCUCCAAAUGGGACUUGAAAAUUACUCUAAAGAAAAGGGAAACUAUUUAAAUAUCACCCUGGAAGGAUGAUUCUACAAGUAGGACAGAUGAUCCUUUGAGGGAAAACCUAGCCUGAAUGUUUAAUUCAUUAGACAAUAAUUUUGUAGUAAUUCAGGUUCAUGAUGUCACUUCUGUCAAAUAUCAUAUGGCUUUACCCUUUGCCCUCUCCCUCCAGGCCAAAUAAUUAUUACUCUGAAAAAAAUGGAAGCAUCCAAAGGCAAUGGGAAGCUCUAGGAUUACUUGUCCUCCUGCUCAGUCCCCAGUAUGGAAAACAAACAACCUGUCUAAUCAAUAUAGGAGGUAAAGUAAAGCCACAGGGAGAUUAGGGUACAUUUCCUAGCCUGGAAAGGUACGAAGGAGGCUCUUUUAUGGGUGUGCAGGGACAAAGCCCAUUUAUCAUGGUGAUAACACUGACAAAAUACUUGGUCAAAGUGUUCUCACCACUCCCCUAAGAGAUACAGAAAAUGACCUAUAGCUGAUCAGUCAUAAAUCUAUAUUUUUAAAUACUGAUGUGGGAAAACAAAUUCUCUUCAGAACUGGGGCUUUUAUUUUUUGAGCUUUAUUUAUUUAACUUAUAAUAAUCAAAUAAUUAAUAUAUUUUCUCUGUUUUAUAUGAAUUGGGCAAUAUCCCUCACAGCUGGCCACACGGUUGGGCCUUGUGACUCAUAUUGUCUGAAGUUAGAAAAAGGGAGUACCAAUGAGGCAUGCUGGAAUAAUUCCCUCUCAUGAUUCUAAGUGGCUGCAGAGCACUUUGGACCACACUGGCCCUGCAAUAGCAACACUUCUGCUGCUUCCACUGGGGCUUGCACCAGUUCCCAGGGAGCAUUAGUGAGAUCUGCUUCUUGCCUUUGGGUUUGGACAUCAGGUUUGGUCACCAGUUUGUUCCUCUUGCAGCACUAAACUGCUGGAAAAGUUAUUUUAUUUGAGCUUCACUGUGGCCAGCAGCCCAGGGUUUGGCAUUGUUAGUAAGUACAGUUCAGGUAGGUGUACAGUGCCCAAAAAAACAUCUGUCAGAAAAAGCCUGGCACUGCUGUGGUGCCUGCAUUUAGCUGGCCAUGGCACUUCAGCACUCUGCAAGUCCCCUCAGUGGGAUGGCUCAGCCAUGUGCUGGAGGUUUUGGUGGCUUCCUUUGAAAAGCCUGGUGAUAACACUGUGUCUUGCUGCACAGGUGAUGGUCAGGUUACUGAGGAAUUAUUGAUGUGACUCCAGCUGUGUUUGGAGCUCCCAGGUGCAGUUGUCUGUCCUACCAGGGUUUAUGGACCUGCCAGAGCCAUGGCUUUGCAUCCACUGAGACCAGGCUGGAUGUUCCCUGCUGGCCAAGGAGACCAGCCAGCCACAGCUGGGCAGAAGUGAAAAACUGCUGGGGAGAAGAGGUGGCACCAUGAGUGUUUGGGCUCUUCCUCCAAACCAGCUUCCGGGGGAGCACUGGGAUCAGAAUAAGCAAGUUGCUUCACUGUUGAGUUUUCUGCUCCCAGCCCAAGCAGCCUACUUUACUUCAUGGGUCCAGGGGCAGGUUUGAGCCCCUGGGGCUGGCUCAGCAACCCUCUCUUGUUUUUUCACACCACUAUUCUGGCUGUGGACUGGCUGAACUGACAUUUCAGCAGGUCCCCAGUGCGGGUGCUCUGCUGGCUGCCAUGCACAAGGUAUAUCUGCACACCCCUGGGCUGCCAGGAUGGCCUGGAGGAGGUGACAUCAUGCCAGCACAGUCCCAUGGGAUGGGGACACCAAAGCUUAAAUGGCCAGCAGUCAGCUCCCCAACAUGCAUUGCAAAGUCGUAGAUGGUUCCUUGCUGGGAUGUUCAGAGGUACCUGGACCAGAAAGCUCUGUGCCUGUCCCCAAGGUGAGCCUGUCUCUGGGACAGCUCCCCAAAGGCCUGUGUGCCCAGGCUGGCUGUGCUGCAGUGAAUUUGGGGCUGGCAGAACAGUGUUUGGUGCAGCCCUGACAGUGGUACCAUGCAAAGCCCCCCAGGGAUGAGGCAUCUGCAGAGUGCUCCAGCAGGCAGCUGAAGGCCAGUGGGUAGCAUGGGGGGAGAUGUGCCUCCUUUAAAAAUGUGUAUCAGCUAUAAACUUUGCCUCAAAAGAUAUAUUAAAUAAAUACUAUAUAUUAUACAGGCCUCACUGCAGUUUGUGGCUUUAAAUAGUGGCCAAUGAAACAUAUUUUUUCAAAUACAGAAGUUGUAUUUUUUAUAGCAAUGCUUCGUGAGGGGGAAGACUUAGUUUUAUGUUUUUAACUUCAGCAUAAAUCUUAGUUUGUCUUUCCUGAGAGACCUGAUAGAAAUUACUGUCUCCUGCUUGUCCUAAAACCUGAUCAAAGCCAUCCUGACCUCCUAAAACUCGUGUAUGUGUAGAAGUGUAAUACAGCUUUGGAUGCCCCCCUCCCAGAUCCUGGAGAAGGAUUGAUUACCAUUUGUGCAAUGCUGUAUUACUUGCAGAAAAUGCAGAAAGAUGCCCCAGUAAGGGAGGUGGUUUGUUGGAAGGCAAGGCAGAUCCACUGAACCAGGCUGAUAACAUAGCCAGGGAUUUUAAUGCCAGUUGCAGCAGUUUAAUUUCCGUGCCCAAAGGCCGGCCCUCCACAUCUUGGACCUGGGUUUGUAGUUCUGCAGCGAGGAGAGCUCAAUAAUGAACCCCACAUUCCUGAACCAGCACUUUAUACCCCAUCUAUGCAGGAUGACAGUCUGCAAACUGGCAGCAGAUUGGGAGAAUGGCUCAGACUGUGGGCUACCAAAGCAGUUAAACCCCUGUGAAGCUCUGAGCUGACUCCCUGUCCUGUUGGCACCCAUGCUGAAGCCCUGUGUUUGUUCAGGGCAUCAAUCAUGUCAAAGGUUUAUUGCAGGCAAAGAAGAACAGAGUAUGAUAUGAAAUGGGUUACCUCCACCAACAUGGAAUGCUAUUGUGCAAGGUAAAUCAAGCGACUUACCUUGUGAGAUAACUUUGUAUUAUCCUAAUUAAUCAUAGGAAAUGUUCUCUUCCUCUAGCAUCGCACAGCUUCUAAAACAAAGAGUUAUAAAUACAUUGUUUUCUACCAGUUCCAGUGCUCAGCAUGGUUAGCAGAGAUUGCAGAUUAAUAAAUGGCUGCAGAUCUGCCUGGAGGAGGAGAGUUCAUGCUCUCUGCAAGUUGCAUUGGAUAAACCUCAACGCUAAUUUUAAAGCAGAGAAUUAAUGGAAAGCUGGUUAGACAGGACUCUCAUGUACUCACUGUACAUUUUAAUCCUAAAUGAGAAACAUAAUAAUUGUGUUGCUUUUUCCUUUCCCCAUGGAUAAUAUUUGCAGCUGAUGGAUUUUAUUGUAUUGCUUAUUUAAAUUCCAGUGUUCUUUGCUUCCAUCCCUUUUCUGUCCCCCAGGAUAAAUGAUGCAGUGGGGGGUAUUUUCUUUCUCUCAUGGACUCCUUGGACUAGAUUUUCCUACAAAUAUGCAGGCAAUCUGUUUUGGCCAAACAGUAAGAGAAUGCAGCAGUGCAAAUGGCUUUCAUUCCAGAGGAGGACAAGGGGCUGGGCAUACAUGCAUGGGGGUAGAAAGAUGUAGAAGUCAAAAAAAUUCAAAAUAAAGAGCCUAACUUGCAGGGGAGGCUGGACGCCCCUAAAUGAUCUAAAAACUAUGAAAGCUUCUCCACAGUUACAGAAAUCAGGCCAGAUACGGUGUACAAUAUUGGUGAAAGAAGAUAAUGGUCAGUCUGAUUUAUUAAUUGAGCAAUUUAGAAUAUUAUUAUAUGGUCUUUUGCCCCACUUGUCCUCCAGCUCAUUGAAACAGCUGGUGUAUGCUUAAGUCUCUUCAAUCUUUAUGUGAUUAAGUUGACCAAGUGCUCAAUUUCUGUCUUUCAUAUAUGCAAUUAUGCACAAUCUUUCAAAAAAUUAGCCCUUAGAGGGCUUUUCCCCCAACCUUCAGUCUCUUGCAGCAAUUUCAAAAUGCACCAUUUUGCUUUCAUGUACAUUUAAACCCAGCAGCAAAAGAGAAAAAAAAAAAAGAAAAAGAAAAAAAACAGCGCUUGGCAUUCACUGGUGUUUUAAUGUGGCAAAGUUGCUUCAGGUAACCUAGAUAACUUUGUGCAAAAGUUCAUUGCCAUGUUUGUACUGACUUGCUGAGAUUUUUUUCUUCUGGAAAAUACCCCCAGUGGUAUCCUCUGUAAAAGUUACAACUGUAACACAGCUGUAUUACUGUAGAAAUCUCUGCCUGAAGUGGAUGUCACGCUGCGUGUUCCUCUCAUGCAGAAGUUGUUUGCAUUGCCUGUUGUUCAUAUGGUUCUUAUUUCUGUAUCUAAUUUUUUUAAUUAGCUGUGCAUAUCUUUUUAAGAAAGAAAAAAAACAACCAAACAAAAACAAAACCACAAGAAAACAGCCCGUGGAUUAGAAAUAUUUUAAAAAUAAAUUCACUCUUAGCAGCAGCUGGAUGUAUGUCAGUGACGCAGGAAUUUGCAAAGUCUUUGCUUCUUUCACGGUGGGAUUUAUGGCUAGAUUUCACAUCAAGGAGUUAUGCUCGAAGUCUUUGCAGAAGAAAAUGUAUGUAAAUGUCUAUUUUAUAUAAAAAGUAAGAAAAGUAGGUGCUGUGCCUGGUUUUGUUCUUUUUCUUUAGGACCAGCCAUGAAUAAGUUCUUCUGGAGGUGGAAGGGCCAAAGUUUCUUGCUCCACUUGACUUAUAUUUUAUUUUACAUGCCCUGAAUUCCAGGUUAUUGGUCAUGUAGGAGCAACUAUGCAGCACAUGUGUUUGAGUCUGGGCAUAUAAAAACAUUGCAGCAGGCAUUUUUUGGAGUUUGAGCAUGAGAAAAGAUGUGGGCUGGUGCUCACACAGUCUUGAUGAUUGAACAUGUUAAACUGACAUAAGCUCUUCAUGUCAGGCUUUAUGCCUCUGUCCGGAAUAUGUCAAACAAAUCCACAGAGUGCAAAGAGAAAAAAAAUUGAGAUUAAAAAGAAACGAAUUUUGUUGUAAAUCCCUUCUUCCUGGCAUGCAUUCCUAGAUGCUCCUGCAUGCUUCCAGGGUUUGAGUUCACUUGGGAUAGUAAUGGUGAUAAACAACUCCAUUGAAAAUGGACCUGACAGAGAAUCAAAAGCCCUGAACACAUGCCAUGGUGUUUCCUGUCAUCCUGGUGUCUAAAAUGCUCUGUAGCAUGAAGGGGAAUUGCAUUCUCUGAAGUCAGGCUGUACAGCCUGAAGUUCUCCCAGAUCCCAACAGCAAAGCUUCUACCCAGUG